GCCACAUCUGACCUCAUCACCAUUAACUAGUUAUCAAUCCAUCCCUUUCGCCAACCUGCGCAUUUACGUAUCUCUCAGAAAGACAGCGACGAUUUCAACCUCUACACAGCUCAUGCCGCAAAGAUGCUCCUCGAAGAAGACCCCGCAACACUAAUCCAUCACACAAUCGGCAACUUUAACAUCCAACCCGACAAACUCGCCCUAACCCGCAUAACCGACUCCCUCUCCUCCCUCCAACAAUCGCGCGACCUGCGCACCCGCGAAGCAGAAAUCUCCCUCCGCAAACUCGCCCGCAACCUCAACACCCUCAGCGCCCAGCACGCAGACAAUGUCUCCUCGCACGACCCCGCCCGCCACGCUGCGUCCAUAGUCGAGCUUGAUACGAAGAAGUUUCGCAUUGCGAAGGCGGCGUCGGAGCUAGAGAUUGAGAGUGAGCGGCUGGAGGGGGAGUUGGAGAUGUUGAAGGCGCGGUUGGCGGAGUUGGAUGCGCAAGGUCUCGAGGGGGAUGAGAUAGCGAGGAGGGAGAGGGAGUUGGAUGAUUCGACGAUUCUCCGCCUCAAAAUCUACCGCUCACUCGGAAUCGAUGUCGAGUCCGAUGAAGCGGGCAACUACAACAAAGCAAUUAUCCGAAACAGCCGCAAGGGUGACGUCCACGUGGUUAAUAUCGAUCCGAAAUUCUCCCGGUUUUUCUAUGCAAAUUAUUUCUGGCAGACGAUGCAGGGGUGAUUGAUCGGCUCUUGAUUUCUUUCCUUUUUUAUUUCAAAUGUAUAACGUGCUUUCCUUCCUUGGGUGUGUUUGAUGGCGUUUGGGCUAUAACUCAUACAUAAUGUUUUGGUGUUUGGGUUCUCGGUGAUUACAGGCGUGGGAAAUGGAGAGUGGUUGGUUAUGGGUAGUAUUGAAUAUGUUUGGCGUACGCUAUCCUUGUUGAUGGCCCUUCGGUGAUAUCUGAAAUGAUGAGAUUCCUUAUUCCUUAGCCCAACGCUUAUUGCUUCAUUUUAUCAAAAUUCAGUCGUUGAAUAAAAUUAAAAUAAAAUAAAAUAAAAUAAAAAAUCGAAUAUGGUCUCGGACACCUUUUUUCC